AUGGGUGAUAAAAUUAGAUUAUAAGUUGAAGGUAUGCUACCUGAAAUGCUUUAGCUCGUAAAGCGAAAAAUAUUUACCAAGGAUGAAGUAAACCAAAUAUUAAAAGAGCGUGAGAAUAAUGAAUAUUUGCUCGAAAGAAAAAAUGCUAGUGUCAAGGAUUACCUAAAGGUUAUAGAGUAUGAAUAUGGAUUAGAAAAAAUGCGUAGAAAAAGAUUCAAAGCCUUAAAGAUCAAGAAAGAAAACUAAAAAGAUUUUGCAAUUAUAAGACGUAUACUUUAAUUAUGGGAUAAAAUAACAUAUAAAUUUAGAUAUAGAGUUGAUAUAUGGAAAUAAUAUUUGUCUUUCUGUUACUUCAUCGAUUCAAAGAAAUCUUUCUUUAAAGCAAUUACUGCUGCCCUCCGCUUUAACCCUUACAAUCUUGAUUUAUGGUUAUCAGCUGCAUAUUAUGAAAGCGAUAUAAAUGGUAACCCUUUUAAAGGCAGAAAAAUAUUCUAUAAGGCCCUCAAGCAAAAUACUAAGGCAGUCAAUUUUUGGAUUGAGUACUUUAAAUACGAAGUCAAAUUUAUAGAGAAAGUAAUGACUAGAUAAAUUUUACUUACCAGUGAUGCCAAGGAUAUUAAAGAGAAAGAAUUAGAAGCUGGGGCUGACUUUUUAGGUUUUGAAGAUGAUAAAAAUAAGAGUGAUGUUCUACUAGAAUUGGAUAAUAUUAAUUCAUCUGAUUUGGAAUAAAUGCUUACAGUGUUAAAAGAAGUCUAUAAAUUAGCUCUUGAGAACUUUAAGGUUACAGAAUUCGGAUUUGAGUUUUUAUAAAGUAUAAAUGGGAUUAAAGGAAAGUGGUUUAGUGAAAUUUAAAAUACUGUUACCUAAGAUAUAAGAGAGUCAAUUAAUUCAGAAUAAAAUUUAGUGUUGAAAAAUAAAUAUAUUGCUUAACUUGCCUUGACAAUAAAUGGAUUUUCGAAAUAAACAUUAGCAAGCGAUGGCCUAAAUGAGCAUCUUGAAGAAUUAGCUAAAAAAAUAUCUGAAGAUAAAGAUUUAGUUUAAUAUAGCAAAGAAAUUUACAAGUAUCUUCUUGAGUUUUUGAUUGAAAAUAAAAAUUUAAUCAGCAUAGAUAACGUUUAAAAAUUAAAUACUGAUUCUUAGUUUUUAUAAUAGACAACUUAACAACAACUUGAUUUAGAUUACCUACUUCUUCUUUCCCAGUUUUUGACAGAAUUUAAAAUUAAUCAUAAUAAAGACAUUCUUGAAUAGCUUCUCAAUAAAAUAAGUGAGCAAGAAGAAAAAGUUGAAGAUGACAACAGCUUAGAAUAAAAAAAUAAAGAGAAUAUAUUAGAGAAAUUAUUUAACAAUAAAAUUGGUUUAUUAGUGUUGCAAGGUGGUUAAGAAAAAGCUAUUAAAUAUAUAAGACUCAAAUUAUAAAACUAGAGAGCCAACUCUCCUGAAAAGCGUUUCAACUUAUUGAAAAAAUAUUAUGAUAUUAAAAUGUAAAUACCAAGCUAAUUCUAAGAAGUGAAUUAGCAAGCCUUCUUCAAUUUGUGCAUUGAGCAGCUCAUCUUAAGCAAAGAAUAUUUUGAGCAACUCAUUCUCCCUUUCCUAGGAUAUUUAAAUGAAAAGAAUUAUAGCCAAUAGGUUCAAGUUUUUAUGAAGAAAUUAUUAUCCUAUAAAUAAUAAUGUCCUUUAGCAAUAUACCUCUAAUAUAUUUCCUAAUACUAAAAGGUUGAAAGUAAAAAAAAUGAGCUGAGCCAAUUGUGGAUUUACAUAAGUUAAUGGUACAAAUCUGACCUAACUAUGUGGGAAGCAUAUUUUAAAUGGUAGAGAGAUUUUGGAGAAGUGUAACAAUGCCCCAUAAUACUUGACAGGUAAGUUUUUGCUAAUUAAUCCUUUGAAUUUGUUUAGAAAAUAAAUUUUUAAAUUUCCCACAGAAUGAUAGCAAUUUUAGAGAACGAUUUUCUAUUGCUUAUUUAUUAACUGUUUAAAAUAAAUGAAUUUUUUAAGUGCUUCUUAAUAGCAGGAACUAAUAAAUUAAUAUAAAACUAAUUCAAAAAAAUAAAUAAAUUAUUUAAAAAAAGGGCCUCUAAGACAAGCGGAUUAGAUUACAGUUUAUUGCUUGCUACUUAUAACUCUAUAAUUUAAUGA